AUGGCCAGGACCUCAUCAAUGCCGCACACAAAAAGGCACUCGAGGUCAACCUCUCUCCAGAUACACAACAAUGAGCAGCCAUUUCCAUCGUCAGAGGACUUCGAGCCGAUGGCCGUAACAAAUCAAGAUGUCGAGGUCCAGACACCUCGUCCAAUGUCUCCGAAGAAAAGGGACGGCCCGGUGACGUGGGUGUCUCUGCCCAGGAAAGACCAGCUGGCGAUCUUGUUUCUUUCACGACUUGUCGACUUCUUACAAGUUGCGUCGUUGCAGGCCUAUGUUUUCUACCAGCUCAAGAGUUUCGACAACACCCUUACUGAUUCGCAGAUAUCGAGUCAGGCCGGGCUUUUGCAGGGUGCAUUUACAGGAGCGCAGGUUUUGACGGCGUUCCUUUGGGGGAAGGCGGCCGACGCUAGCUGGUGCGGUCGGAAGAACGUGCUCGUCAUUGGACUUUUCGGUACCGCCAUAUCAUGCAUAGGGUUUGGUUUUGCGACCAGUUUCUGGUCGGCUGCCUUUUGGCGGGCAGCGGGUGGUGGCAUCAAUGGUACAGUUGGGAUAAUACGAACUAUGAUUGCCGAGAUCACGGUCGAGAGGAAAUACCAAUCCAGAGCCUUCUUGAUCUUACCUAUUAGCUUCAGCGUAGCUAACACGCUGGGACCCUUGAUGGGUGGUAUAUUGGCUGACCCUGCAUUGACAUUGCCUGCGUUCUUCGGCGAGGGCGCUAUCUGGGGAUUCGACUGGGUCUUCCGGUACCCCUAUGCCCUCCCUGCUUUGAUCAACACGGUGACAUUGACUAUUACGGGCCUUAUCGUGUUCCUUGCGCUGGAAGAGACAUCAAGCAAGAGGCGGAACAUGCCCGAUAUUGGUUUGGACCUUAGUCGCCGACUCAAGGGGCUCAUCACGCGCAAGCCAGUCAACAAUGGAUACUAUAUGCUAGAGACCCUCAACAGGUCCGACUCCCCAUCUAUGAACGGCCAUGAGGAGAAGAUCCCCGUCGCAACACCAGUACCGAAGCGACCAUUACGGACCCUCCCAUUCAGCCGCGUUUGGACCCGAAACGUGAUCUUCACGCUCGUCACCGAGGCCCUGUUCGAUUUUCAGCUAGGCGCAUUUACCAAUCUUUGGACGCUCUUCCUCUCCAGCCCGCGAUCAAAGCCCAAAGAGACUGCCGUGCGCGCCCUGCCUUGGGUCUUCACAGGUGGUCUAGGCAUGCCCGCCGCAACCGUUGGCUUCGCGACCUCGCUCCUGGGCGUGCUUGGCAUGGCUCUCCAAAUCUUCGCAUACCCGCCUGUCCACGCGCGUCUGGGAACCCUGCGCGGCUUCCGAUAUUUCAUGGCCUUGUUCCCCGUGGCAUACUUCCUCGCACCGUACCUCGCGGUCCUUCCCUCGGCCACUGAGGCCCCGGAGCCUGCCUCCGGCAUUAUCAUCUGGAUGUUCAUGACCGUGGUGCAGGUCUUCCAGGUCAUGGCGCGCACCGUCACGUUGCCCGCCAGCAUCAUUCUACUCAAUAAUUGCAGCCCGCACCCGAGUGUGCUCGGACUGGUACACGGCCUGGGCCAGAGCGUCUCCGCGGGGUUCCGCACUGUCGGCCCUGUCGUGGGCGGUUGGUGGUAUGGUGCUAGUCUAGAAGCUGGUGUUGUCGGCGCUAGUUGGUGGGCAGUCGCUGGUGUUGCGGCUUUGGGGUGCGCCUCAUCCUUCUUGAUUUACGAAGGGAGUGGUCACGAGAUCGUUUUGGAAGGAGAGGAAGAUGAGAAGCUUAUAAGCUAG